AUGACAACGUGGGCCAUUCUCAUUGGCAUCAAUUUCUAUGUACAGGACCGCCAUCUGCACGGGGCAGUUCAAGAUGUCAGAGAUAUGGGUGCUUACCUAGAAGCAAACCAUGAGCAUGUAAAAUUGAGCAUCUUGACUGCAAGUGCCCCUCAGAAUUCCAAUGAUAAGGUACCAAUCGAAGAACCUGAUGCUUGGCCCACUUUCGAGAAUAUCAAAGGACAAUUGGACCAUAUUGAACAGGCGGCUAAUGAAAUGGAUUUUCUGUAUAUACACUUUUCUGGUCACGGCACACAGCAACCGGUGGUUUCCCGCGAGUACAAAGAACGGGGUACCAGCGAUGUAGCUCUCGUGCUAUUUGAUCCAACUACCGGAUCACGGUAUCUGCGAGGAGUCGACUUGGCACGAUUGCUGCAGAGAUUGGCCAAGAAAGGAUUAAAAGUCACAGUUGUACUGGACUGCUGCUACUCAGGGGGUGUGACCCGCCGCGGUAAACUCAUGCCUUUGAGUACUCGAGGGGUGGAAUGGGAUCCUGCCAUAGCUGCUCAAUUCCCUCUGGAACAAGUCCCACAUCUGUUUGAGUCGCCUACCGUUACGAGAGAUGCGACUUCAGAGUUCAAGUGGCUUGAAAGUGCUCGAGGAUAUACAAUCAUCACAGCCUGCGGCCCUCAUGAGAAGACCUGGGAGGGGGAUAUCAAUGGCACAAAGCAUGGCGUUAUGUCUUUUUUGCUUCUCUCAGCCCUCAGCCGGGCUGCCAGAAGCGGCUUUCAUUCCAGUCAUGAGUCAGUAUAUCAGUAUCUUCGCACCAAAUGCCAUGCAAAUUAUUCAUUUCAAAAUCCAAUGCUUUUCGGUGAUCGAGCGGUAUCCUUUCUUGGGGGACUUCGAUUCCCAUCCUCAUCUCUUUCAGAAAUAUUCACUGCGGAAGGGUCCUUACAUGUGAGCGCCGGACGAGCGCAUGGUGUCUCCAAAGGCGACGAAUAUGAAGUAUUUCCAUUCGAUCCAAGCAUGAGUAUACAAAACCUGGCCAUAACGACAUCAGCAAGAGUCAUGGUCAAUGCUGUCCACGGUCUUACUUGUGACGUUGAUGUUACUCAAGCAUCACCAAGUGGUGACGACAUUAGAACAGGCUGGAAAGCACGACCCCUGACUCACUUCUCGAUUCAAAAAGUCCACGUAAAGAUAGCGUCUGGUGUUGACGUUGGGAGAGAUUGGAGUUAUGCGUUAGCGAGUAGCAAAUUCUUGCAACCUUUUGCAGAAGACACGGACAGCCCAACCUCUUUAUGUCAGGUGAUUUUGAAUGAUCAUGUAGAAUAUGAAGUCUUAGACAUUCUGGGCAAUCGACUUAUGAAUGUUCCAGCAAUAUCAGCUCGGAUUUCUGGAGUAAUUCCCCUAGUGGUGAGGAUUCUGGAGCACGUCGCCAGAUACCAGUUCAUUGAAGCCCUUGAAAAUGGACUGGUGUCAUCUUGGCUGGAAACGGCAUUCACUGUUGAUAUCCUUGACUCCCAGCAAAGGCCUCUUGACGCCAAUGGCGUGGUCGAAGUCCGAGAACACGAAGUCAUAAAUUUUACUUUUCGUAACCACUCUCACCAUCCUCUUUAUCUAACGAUAUACGACUUGACGCCUGGUUGGCAGAUCCAGGGUGUUUUCUCUACGGGGGCGGGCCAGAUUACUGGGUCGUACAACCAGAAGACCGCGCAAAGUACCACACAGGUUACAAAAGCAUAUCGAUGA